AUGGGGACGCGAUUGAAAUUAAGUACAGUAUUUCAUCUCCAAACUGAUGGACAAUCUGAACGCACCAUCCAAAUACUCGAGGAUAUGCUUCGAGCGUGUGUAAUAAACUUCACUGGUUCGUGGAGCAAGUAUUUACCUCUAAUGGAGUUCUCCUACAAUAAUAGUUAUCAAGCCACAAUCGGAAUGGCACCAUAUGAGAUGUUGUAUGGACGAAAAUGCAGGUCCCCGCUUCACUGGGAUGAAGUUGGAGAAAGACGCUACUUAGGUAUCACCUAUGAAGGGAUUAUGCAUUUUCGGAAAAAGGGGAAAGUUAAGCCCAAGAUUUAUAGUGUCCUUUUGAAAUACCGAUUUGGAGCUGGUCAGGUAGCUUACCAUUUGGCCCUACCGCCAACAUUAGCAGAAACGCAUAAUUUUUUCCAUAUUUCCAUGUUACGGAAGUAUGUACCUGAUCCGACACAUGUGCUUAAAUACGAGAACUUGAACUUGCAGCAGGACAUGAGUUAUAUGGCACGCCCUGUGCGCGUGAUAGAAAAAGGAACAAAAGUCUUACGAAAUAAGACUAUACCUUUAGUCAAAAUCCUGUGGAGUGAUAGUUCUGAUAGAGAAGCAACAUGGGAGUUGGAGAAGGACAUGCAGAAUCAGUAUACAGGGUUAUUCUCUAGUAAGUAA